GGGGCGCGGGGGGGGCUCUUUCUUCCCUCCCCAUCCCCUCCUGACAAGUCUGCCUGGUCCCGAGCAAAGCCCUCCUUCCCCGAGACAGCAGCGCCGGCGCAGCGGCUGAUUGGCUCCAUGUGCGAAAGCUCAAGAAAGCAUCGGGAAAGUUUUGAAAGAAAAUCAAAACUUCCUGCUUCAAGGUGGUCCCGGGCUGCAGUCCGGAGAGUCGAAUAUUUAUAACGCGUGCGGCGUUCUGUGCGCGCGCGCGCAGGGAGAGCAGCACCCCACCUCGCACUUUGGAGCAGCUUUCAAGCCUACUCUUGUUAUUGUGGGCAUUUUUAUUUAUUUUUUUAAAAAGUAAUUGUAAAACAAACCAAAGAAAGGCGAAAGAAGUGAAAUCAAGAUGUGGAAAAUUUGGGGAAUUUGGUGAAAGGCUACAGCGAUCUCUUCUGCUGGGUUUUUUGUGCUUUUUGAAAAGCGUUCUCCCUCCUCUAGCCCGCUGGAUGUUGCUCUUUUGGGAAGAAAAGACUACAGGGAAGUUGAGAUUUCGGAACCAGGUCCAGAUUUUGGAAGUGGAAUCCUCCGUAAUAAAGAGGACAAGGACCUCCGGAUUUCUAAUGACUCUCUAACAAUACCGCCCCAGUCUUUGAAAGAUCUGGAUCCCUUAGCACUGCCACUUCCUGGCUCACUGUAACCCAUCAAAAAAGCAGAUGUGUCCCUGACUGCAUCCAGCCUCCAACAAACCAUGUUCAACCCGAUGAACGCACCAGUUAAUAACUACGUGGAACACUGCUACCUUCGCCCCCUCCAUGGGCAAGGCCAACCCAGCACCAUGGUGGAAGGAAUCAAUGACUUGCCAUAUUACCACCAAGCCAACUCCAUGGGGAAUCAUCACACCUAUGGGAUGCCACCUGGAAGUGAACAUCCUUCUCAUACUGAUGGACCCGCCGUGGUGACAACUUCCAUGCAAGCCCCAGCACAUACAUCUCCACUUUGGAACAUGCCUGUAAUUACUAGAGGCUGUCCUGGACAAGGUACUCGCUUUUCUACACCCCGAAGCACAGCCAAGUUGACCAAGAAGCGAGCGCUGUCCAUCUCUCCUCUCUCAGAUGCCAGCAUUGACCUGCAGACUGUCAUCCGCACCUCUCCCAAUUCCUUGGUGGCUUACAUAAACUCCCGCUGUGCUUCAGCUGGUGGCUCCUACGGGCACCUCUCCAUUGGCACCAGCAGUCCUUCCCUUGGGUUCCAAAGCCCCAUGGGCCACCAGAAAGCUCAAGGGAUGUCAUUUGGCCACAACCCACCUAUGGCUCCCUGUGGAUCUCAUGAACACAUACCUGGCCGGCCAGGGAUGAUGCACCAUAUGCCACCACCCCGUGGGAUGCUGAAACACUGCCAGCUGAAGUCAGAGCCCAGCCUGGGCAGCCCUCUGGAUGCCCUGAGCUCCAAGUGCAUGGAGGAGUGCUCGGAGGGUGACAUUUCCAGCCCAGCCUCGACAGGGACACAGGAUCCCUUACUAGGCAUGCUUGAUCCCCGGGAUGAAUUGGAGAAGGAAGAUGGGAAAGUAGAGGCUGAGGCAGUGUAUGAGACCAACUGCCACUGGGAAGGGUGUUCCAAGGAAUUUGACACCCAGGAGCAGCUGGUGCAUCAUAUCAACAAUGAGCACAUCCACGGGGAGAAGAAGGAGUUUGUGUGCCACUGGCGGGAGUGCUCUCGGGAACAACGACCCUUCAAAGCUCAGUACAUGCUGGUUGUUCACAUGAGGCGCCACACAGGAGAGAAGCCCCACAAGUGCACAUUUGAAGGCUGCAAUAAGGCCUACUCACGACUGGAGAACCUCAAGACCCACUUGCGCUCCCACACGGGUGAGAAGCCCUACGUUUGUGAGCACGAGGGCUGCAAUAAGGCCUUCUCCAAUGCUUCAGACCGGGCCAAGCACCAGAACCGGACACAUUCCAACGAGAAACCCUACGUCUGUAAGAUCCCAGGCUGCACCAAGCGAUACACAGACCCCAGUUCUCUGCGCAAGCAUGUCAAGACGGUGCAUGGACCAGAUGCCCACGUCACCAAGAAGCAUCGCGGAGACACCAUCUCCACCAGCCGGACACUCGUCCUCCACAGCGAUAUGAAACAGGAGCGAGACAGCGAAGGCAGGAAAGACGAAGGCAAACUCAUGGUGCCUGACUCUAACUUGAAACCGCAGCCCAGCCCCGGUGGCCAGUCGUCCUGCAGCAGCGAGCGCUCGCCCUUGGGCAGCGCAAACAACAAUGACAGUGGCGUGGAGAUGAAUGCCAAUGCGGGUGGCAGUUUAGAAGACCUGUCGGCGCUGGAGGAACCAUCAGAGUCCAUGGGCAACUCCGGGCUGUCGGCGCUGCACAAGCUGGAGAACCUGCGCAUUGACAAGCUGAAGCAGCUGCGCAAGCCCCUGUCCGCCAAGGGGGUCAAGCUCCCUUCCAUCCCCGGGUCAGGCUCCACGAGAGAGAUGCCUGGCUUGUGUGGGCCACCCUCCGCUGUCUCUCACCGGCGCAUCAUGGAGCUGUCAUCGGGAGACCUGCCCUCCCUAUCCAUGCCCAGUGAGCGCCGUGGUAGCACCACCAGCACCAUCAGCUCGGCCUACACCGUCAGCCGCCGCUCCUCCAUGGUGUCACCAUACCUGCCGGCUGCGGGAGGCCCUAAUGGGGUGGGCCCACCUGACGUGUAUGACCCCAUCUCCCCUGACACCUCCAGGCGCUCCAGCGAGGCCAGCCACUGCGGAGGUCUUCCAGGACUGGGCAACCUGACACCGGCCCAACAAUACCGCCUCAAAGCCAAGUACGCCGCUGCGACAGGCGGACCGCCUCCAACCCCUCUACCCAGUAUGGAGAGGGCUGCUCAGCCCAGCCUCAUGGCAGAUUACUCAGGCUCUGCCCUGCCUCCUUUCAUGCAUCGACACAGUGCCAGCGAAUACCACAGGUGCAGCUCUGGCAUCCUCCACCCCCACCUGGCACUUGGCCACGGUGCUCGGCGAGCCAGCGACCCCUCCCAGACGGUGGGUGAGGCCAACCCGCCCCCCAGAGUGCAAAGGUUCAAGAGCCUCAGCAACAUGAGCCCAGGAGGCAUGGGCAGAACCAGCGGGCAGGCGAUUGGGGGCUCGGAUGCCAACCUGCAGCGCCACCUCUUCUCGCCACGACCGCCAAGCAUCAGUGAGAACGUCUUCUUGGAGAACGCUACCAUGGAGAGCACCGGCCCAGCUGGAGAGCAGGAACUGCUGGAGAUGGAGCCUUACCUGGGUUACCAGGAGCAGAGCUACCCAUGCCAGGCUGCGGGCAUGGAGCUCCCAAGCAAUGUGCCCCAUCGAGGUGCGCCCAGGGCAAUAGGCAACUUGCAGAUGGGUCCUGAACAGCUGGAAGGCGGCUUUGACCAACUGGACUAUACCCAGCCCCAAUGCCAGAUGAGCCUGGCUUUCCACACAACAGUGCGGCACUGGGAUGGCGAUGGUGUGGGGCUUAACCCUGCACCCUCCUCUGCCAUGGGGCAGUGCCACUCUGCCCAGUACGCAGUCCCAGAUGCCAAGCACAUGGGGGUAGAAGGUCAUGGGGGUGAAGGCCAGCAGGGCACUUUCCAGUUUGGCCAGGCCCACAUCAAGGCUGAGCAGCAGUUCCAAGCAGCUGUGCCAGCUCUGGCCUCUUGCCAGGGCAUGAAGCAGCUGCUGUACAGCCAAGCCCAGCCUGCCUGUGUCAGGGGGGAGGGGUACCACCAGCCUGAGAGCCAACAGGCCCCGUGCUUUGGUAUGGGGCAGCCCCCCAGCAGGAGGCCCCAGACCCCCAUGCUGCAGGUCAAGGAGAUGAUGGUUCGGAGCUACGUGCAGUCGCAGCAGGCGCUGAUGUGGGGGGAGCAGCCAGCCGGUGAUGCCAUGAUGGGCAUAGAGAGCGGGGGACAGUGCCAGCAGCCCCAGCCUUACCCUGGCAGCCCCAAGUACCCCGGCUACCCUGCCAAGCCCCCACCAGCAAUGGAGAGCAAAGCACUUUCAAGCCCUGGAGGCCAGUGUUACAGCCCAGGGAUGGUCCCCCACCCGCCUGGGGGCCCCAAGCCGCUGAGCAGGCCAAGCAGCUUGUGCUACCAAGCCAGCCUCCCUUAUGAGACCCCUGGCGAGGGCGGCCCCCACCGGCUGAUGCGCUUGCCCCCUCUCCGCAGCCCUGAGGAGGCCAGAGGUUUCUCCAGCCAGCUACACAUGCCGUUGGGCAAAGCUUCUGGGAACAAGUUGAUGAACGCCCACCAGCGUCACUGCCAGCCCCCCAGCUGCGUGGCAGAGGAUCCGGGUGGGCCCUUCACCCCCAGGCUGGACAUCCUCAAAUCAGACUCUUUCUCUUACCUGCCAGAAGAGCAGGUGUCCAACAGCUUGGACACUCUGGACUUGGAGAACACCCACUUGGAUUUCACAGCUAUCCUAGACGACGCAGAGGGCCUCAGCCCCACCUCCCCGCCCGGUGGCCCAGCCAACAUGGCUGUGGGGGACAUGAGCUCCAUGCUGAACUCACUGGCAGGGGAGAACCAGUUCCUUAACACCCUUUCCUAGGACAGUUGGGAUCAUGGCUGAGACGACGAAGACCUGCUGUGAACAGGAACCAGAUGGGCACAAGAAGAGACGAGGCCAGGGUCCCUCUUGCUGGGCUGGACUCAAUAACUUGAGGUUGGGGAGUGGGACUGGGGGCUCUGCAGGGAGACUGGGUCCAAUUAGUAACUUCCAGGCUUGCCUUUUGGUACCAAAUUGCAUCUGUUGCAACCUCAGACCUCCUGUACAAGGUGGGUCUCUUGUUGAGAAUUGUGCUGAUGGUACUGGAUGAAGGACAGGUGGCCAUAGGAAAAGGAAGUGGAGUCCUUCCUCUCUCCCAGCUGGUAGAGCGAAACCCAUCCAUCCUCUGUCUCCCGCACUCCCCAAAUGAAACCAGUAUUCUUAAUAAGCAUCACCCCAAAGUGCCUCUUCUGCAGAGUCCCCUACGCAUUGAGAGCUCUGACAGGCCAUCAGCCUGGUUCUAGAGUUUGUUGAGCACAGCUGCGUACCUAGGGCCCAUGUCGGCCUGGAAAAAUUUUAUCCACAGAGGAACAUGUGCAAAAACAGGGCUUUUAGGCAAAUUAAAAACUUUGCCUGCAUUUAGCAGGAGAGAUCUGUGAUCUUGAGCAAGCAGGAAUGUUGCCACCUGUUCAUAGUUCCUUCUUGCAAAUUCCAGAGGGAAGGAAGGAAGCACUCCUAGUGGAGGAAAGAUUUGACUCUGUGGUUUUGCCUACAGAGACUCUGGAGGUUGGUGGUGGGGCUCAGAGCAUCUACUAAGAGCAAGCUCUUCUUUGCACAUGGCAAAUACACUUCUGGCACAUCCAGGCUUUUCAGCUCUCAUCUGGUAAAGCUGCUAGACUGCCUGGAGCCCUGAAUUCUACAUCAGCCUGGGCAUUCUCCAUUAGCUCCCAUCCUGCAGUUGCCACCAAGACAAAGCUCACAUUGUGAUGUAAGUGUAAUGUUGGGGGAUGUGCAAAAACAUCUGCUCUGGCGGCUUCUGCUUUCCUAAAGAUACAUGGCUUUCCACUAUCCCUUGCUGUGAGAGCAGAAUUGUGGCAUCUGCCCCAAUUGCCCCAAAGGGCCACUCCAUCCACACAUCACAUUUUUUAAAGGUGUACAUAUGUGUCCUAAUCCACCUCUGGCUGUGCAUGUAAGUAGUGACAGAGUACAGGUGAGAAUGCACAUAUAAUUUAUACCAGCAGUUCCCAGCUGAGAAAGGGAGAUCUCAUUGGGGCUGGGGCAAUGACGUUUUACAUGUACACUUAAAAACAGAUGCGUGUGAUGAGCCCACAUUUGCAUACAUACAUCAGGGAGCUGGGGUGGGCUGUGGAUCCU